AUGUCAACACAUCGUCGAAAAAGUCUAAAUAACGACAGCUCUUCCGAAAAUUUUAUCAUCCCCGCCACGCAAAGAACGGUAGAUUCUAUCACCUCUCAACAACGUCAAUAUCAACCCCACUCUUUUAUGGACCAAAAAUCUUAUCAAUCACAUAAUGAUAAAUACUUGUCAACAAUCGACGGAAAAAAGAGUACUCCAAUACCAAAAUCAAGAAUUCAAGAACCGAAAAAAGAACGAAAAACACUUCGUCCGCUAUAUAUUAACUAUGGAUCGAUAACUAGCUUAAGGGAAUUUGUUUACAUGGUUGCUUUUUUUGGAGCUUUAGUGGUGUUUUUAGGAAGUUUGUGUGGUAUAGAUACGCCCUUUGACGAAGUACAGCCAGUUGGUAAAAUAGUUUCAUCCUCUAAACCAGAAGAUAAAUUACCUAACGAGGAACGUAUUAUUCCAAUGGAUAUUAUAGAUGAUGGAAACGAAGAUUACAAAAAUGAUUCCAAAAAAGAAGAUUACAAAUAUGAUUCCAAAAGUGAAGAUUACAAAAACGAAAAUUAUAAUGAAAAUCAUCAAAAUUAUCUGGAUAAUAAUAAGAUAAAGAAAGGAGAUAUUACAGAUUUGUUUCCUGAUGAUGAAAUUUUAGAUGAACCAAUGAUUCAAGAUGAAGGAUUUGGUCAUUUCGAUGAAAUCCUUUCCAAAAAUGAUAAAAGCAGUGACAUCUCAAGUCAUAAUAUUGAUUUUCUUAGUGAUAAUGAUCUAAGGCAAUUGUUAAAUCCUACAGUUUAUUCUAUCUUAAAUAAAUCAACUCAAGCGGCUGGUCGACCAAAUAAAUUAACGAAAAAGAUUCAUAGACAUUAUCACAUAAAAUCAAAAGACACAGAUGAAGAGAUAAAUGUAAUAGAUUACUCUGGCUAUACUUACAAAUCACCGCAACCCCAUAUCACAUAUGUAGAUGUAAUUAAUUCAUUGACAGAUGAAGAAUUAGCGGAUAUUAAACAUACUCAAGUAUUAGAAAUUAAUUCGGAUGAAAGUUUGGAUUCGUCAUGCGGAAAGUGGCAAGAAGAAUAUAUGAAAUUGCAUGCGAAUAUUUUGGAUGAUAAGGUGGAACAGAGAUACGUUACCUAUAUUUGUGAUGCUAGCACGAAUUGUGGUGGAUUAGCAGAUCGUCAGCCAAUGACUGAAAUGGCUGUUUUGGCUGAUAAAAUUGCCAACACCGGGGGAAUAUUUGGCAUGACAUCAACAUUCCUAUUCGCUCUUCUUACAAACCGAGCUUUUCUCGCAGACUGGCAGGUUCCUAUUCCCUUAGACACAGUAUUCUCAUCGCCAAAUAUCGAUUGGAGUUAUGAUUCCCUUUCACCUUCACCUUCGCUUCUUGCUUUGCAAUCCAGUGACCUUAACGUUAUCGACUUUGAUGCACAACAUCUUGACCAAUAUUUUAUGCUACAUAAUUGGACUUUAAAGUAUCCAGAACCGUUUAUAAAGCUUUAUACAAAUAGAGGAAUGAUAAUGAGAACUUUUUCAUCAAAACAUUAUUCAAAAUAUUUAAAAGAUAUUGGAUUAAGACCACACACGGCUAUUGGGUGUAUUCUUGAUUAUUUGUUUCGUCCAGUUCCUGAAGCUUUAUGGUUUAUUACGGAAUAUACAUCAUUGUUUGCGUUACCUAGUAUUUUUUCCGUCGGAAUCCAAAUUCGAACGGGUGAUUCUAAGAUGAAUAAAAAAGAUGGUCUGGGACAUUCACACUCGUUACAAGAAUAUAAACAUUUUUUUAGGUGUGCAGAUCAAUUAACUCAAAUGUAUUCUGCACCAUCGCAAAAAGUGAUUUAUUUUUUGGUAACAGAUUCUGUAAGGUUAAGGGAUGAGGCUAUCCAGAAACUUGAGCAUGUAAUAGUUUCAGGAUUACCUGUUAGUGGUGAAGGAAAUAAAGGAGAGAAUGAUUGGGAUAAAGCGAAUGAGAUUAAUAAUGCAAUAAUUGAAAAUUGGAUACUGAGUAAAACAGAUUACAGAGUCAUAUCACCGGGUGGAUAUGGAAAGUUAUCAGCAUUUCAUUCAAAACAAUUACACUCCACUGUGUCUAUGGUAUACUCUGGACUUAACGACCAAGAUCUUGAAUUUACUGGGAAUACAAUAUGGCUCAGAGAACUGGAGGCACUUCGUGGCCACAGGCUUGUCUGUGAAUGA